CCGCGCCGGGAGGAGGACGGGGAGGAGGAGCCGCACCGGAGCCAUCGCUCUUCUCGGGGCCGGGGCGCACCGGCGGGGGGCGGCGGCGGCGGCGGCGCUGCUGCUUCACCCCCCCCCGUCCGUGCCCGUCCCCAGCCCCAUCCCGCUCCCCGGGGCUCCGCCGGCCGCGAGUCCCGCCGCCCGUCCCGUCGGGCCCGCCGCGCUCCCGCCAUGCUCUCCGGGGCACCGCCGCCGCCCGCCGGCUUCCCCAGCCCGCCGCCGCCCCAGCCGCCGCCGCCGCCGCCGCCCGCCGCUCCCCAGCACGGGCCGCCGCCGUUCCCGGGGAAGGGCGGCCUGCUGAUCCGGAAGAAUGCCAUCACGGACGACUACAAGGUCACCACGCAAGUGCUGGGGCUGGGCAUCAACGGGAAAGUUUUGGAGAUCUUCAGCAAGAAGAGCGGCGAGAAGUUCGCUCUCAAGAUGCUGCAGGACUGCCCGAAGGCCCGGCGGGAGGUGGAGCUGCACUGGCGAGCAUCGCAGUGCGCGCACAUCGUCCGCAUCAUGGAUGUCUACGAGAACCUCUACCAGGGGAGGAAGUGUCUGCUCAUCGUCAUGGAGUGCUUGGACGGCGGGGAGCUCUUCAGCAGAAUUCAGGACAGGGGAGACCAGGCCUUCACAGAACGGGAGGCUUCAGAGAUAAUGAAGAGCAUUGGGGAAGCCAUCCAGUACCUGCACUCGAUCAACAUUGCGCACCGGGAUGUGAAGCCAGAAAACCUCUUGUACACCUCCAAAAGGCCCAACGCUGUGCUAAAGCUCACGGACUUUGGCUUUGCUAAAGAAACCACCACGCACAACUCCUUGGCCACUCCGUGCUACACGCCGUACUACGUGGCCCCGGAGGUGCUGGGCCCAGAGAAGUACGACAAGUCCUGCGACAUGUGGUCCCUUGGAGUCAUCAUGUACAUUCUGCUCUGCGGGUACCCCCCCUUCUACUCCAACCACGGCCUGGCCAUCUCACCUGGCAUGAAGAAGCGAAUCCGAAUGGGCCAGUACGAGUUCCCCAAUCCUGAGUGGUCCGAAGUGUCGGAGGAAGUUAAGCAGCUGAUCCGCAACCUGCUGAAGACGGACCCGACUCAGCGCAUGACGAUAACAGAGUUCAUGAACCACCCCUGGAUCAUGCAAUCCAUGCAGGUGCCCCAGACCCCACUGCACACCAGCCGUGUGCUGAAAGAGGAGAAGGAUCUAUGGGAGGAUGUGAAGGAGGAGAUGACGAGCGCCCUGGCCACCAUGCGAGUGGACUACGAGCAGAUCAAGAUCAAGAAGAUCGAAGAUUCCUCCAACCCUUUGCUGAUGAAGAGGCGGAAGAAAGCAAACCCCACGGAGCCUGCUGCGCUGCCCCACUGAGGGUGCCCCGCGCCCGCCCGCCCUCCACAGAGCAAUAACUAUAUAUAUAUAUUUUUUAAGGAAAACACAAAAAAAGACUGUUCUAUGAGCGCAUGGAAUUCAGACCUUUAUACCAGACUAGUUAUUUUUAGCUACUCACCUGUGUUUCUGACCUUCCUGGUAAGAUUUCCCCCCCUCCCAAAAUCAGAUCCACACACUGCAGCCGGGGCUUUGUCCUCUAGGUGAAAUCUGGCUGGUAAUUGGAGUUUAUCUUCUGUUGUGAAACGGUUUUGAUGCUGAUUUUCUUUCUGUUCCUUCCUCUCCAAAGACCUGACAGUUCCUGUGGUGACCUUUUUAGGGUAUAGAACUAUAAAUAUUUUUUAAAAACUA